AUGCCGUUCCAUGAUCUGAGCCUUCCCUACACAACCAACCAUGCGGACCUCUCGCACACCCUGGCCUUCCACGCCGAGCUAGGUUAUUCGGUGGUCGCUGUCUCCCUGACCGUGACGGGAAAGCUCCCAUCUCAACCUCAAGAAAUACCCAUCUCAGCCUUGACAAUACCCAAGACUGUCACGACAGUCCUCACACGGCUCACACUGACUAUCUCUGACGCAACCCAAAACCACCGCCUCACACAGUUCUCCCCAGCCUACAAUCUCCUCGCCUUGCGCCCAACCACCGAAAAGACGCUCCAACUUUGCUGCACGUCGCUCGAGUGCGAUCUGAUCUCUCUCGAUCUGUCUCAACGCCUGACCCACAGCAUAAAAUUCAAAACUGUUUCGUCCGCUUUGCAGCGUGGGACCCGUUUCGAGAUAUGCUAUGCUCCCGCCAUACAAGCUUUGGGGAAUAGUGAGGCGAGGAGGAACCUGAUCAGUGGAGCGACUCAGCUCAUCAGAGCCACGAGAGGGAGAGGAAUUAUCUUAAGCAGUGAGGCGAAGAAUGCGCUGGGUGUGAGGGGACCACAUGACGUGAUCAAUCUUGCGCAGAUAUGGGGCCUGGGUCAGGAGAGAGGGAAGGAAGCCCUUUGCGAGGAAGCCGAGAAGGUUGUGAGGUUAGCGGCCAUGAAGCGGACAAGUUUCAGAGGUAUCAUAGACAUUAUCGACGGCGGUGGUCAAGCAACUGAAAAAGGUAAAGACAUUGAGAGGGGAAAGGAGGUCAUCAACAACGCCGCGAAGCGAAAAGCAUCCAACACCUCCCUAGCGGCUUCCACGGCUCAAGAGGAUCAAAAAUUGUCGGACGAUAAACCGCUCUCCAAGCGUGAGAUGAAGAGAAGAGCGAAAAAGGCGAGAUUGGAAGCAGCACCUGGAAAUGGUCACGAUAGUAAGGCAGGGCCCGACGACGUCGGUGCUGAUACAGCCCGCGCCCAGGAUACCUCUGCGUUGCAUUUUUCUAUCAAAGCAUGA